CUAAAUGCUGCGCUGGGUUUUCCCUGCAUAGUCCGAUGAAGUGGACAAAUGCCAAUUCUGGCCGCGGCAAGAGAACCUGCCCCAGAUGACGAGGGUGAGGCGACACCUUCCACUGCUCGAGGUCUCAAAGCACUUGCUGCAGACAGGCGCGUGGCGUUCCCAAAGUCUCAGGCCUUGGCACACUUACCUUUGAUACCUCCAGCGCCACCAGAGGCAGAUGACUUCCGAAGCGCCAGCAAGCGGAGCAACAGCAAGCCCCUUCCGUCGGAUGCAAUCGAAGACAGCCCAAGCAGUGUUCACAGUGGUCGAUCCAGGGACCAAAGCAAGACCUUGGAUUGGCGCCGCAGAACCACAAGCAAAGGGAAGGUCCAAGUGCUAGCAGUUCCUGAAGUAGCGGUACCUCUUCAGGAUGAUGACAUCCCUGGACUUCCAGGAGUGCGAGAGUCGCAUGUCAGAGAGGCCUUCAACCAGAUAGACUUCGAUGGGAAUGGCUUUAUUGGCGUGAGCGAGCUGCGAUAUCUCCUGACAGUGCUGGGUGAGGAACCAACUGACGCCGAACUUGAUGAGAUGUUGGCCAUGAUAGGUGGGGAAGGGGACGGGCAAGCAGCAUUGGAGGACUUUCGAAUGCUCUUUGCACCAAAGAGCUCCGUGUUGGCUGAGAUGCAAACCAUGGCGCCAGAGCCCGAGGAAGAGGAGAUCAAGCAAGAGAAAGAAGACGAGCAAGAAGAGAUCCCAAGGCUGGAAGCUCCUCCGCAGCAACUAGGGCUUCUUGUGAAGGGUGCGGCAAGCUUCAUGCAGGCGAGGAUCAAGAAGGAAGACGCUGGGAAGAAGAAAGCUUCAAGAGCACGGCCAAAGGCCAAAGCUCCUGGGUCCAACCGAGCUCGUCCAAUUCUUGGACCUCCAAGGCAUGUUCACCAGAUGGUGCCUGGUAUGCCAAACAUGCAGAUUCCUGGCGUGGCCACCGCUGGGAUGGGUCCAGGC